AUGCCUGGAGAGUCGGCGAAAUCGGCGGAGGCCGCUGCGACGGCGGCGGCGCCGACGGCCACUACACCGAGCACACCGAAGAAGAAGCCAGUGACGGGCUCGAAGGCAGCCCUGGCCAAGGUGACACUGCUCGAUGGUUCACUGCUCGAGGUCACGAUAGAACGCAAAUGCCGUGGCCGCGACCUGCUGAACUCGGUGUGUGCCGGGCUGAACAUUCUGGAGAAGGACUACUUCGGGCUGACGUACCACACAGCGGCCGACCCGCGCACGUGGCUCGAUCUCGAACGGCCGGUCACCAAGUUCUUCCGCACCGAUCCGUGGGAGCUGUCGUUCGAGGUUAAGUUCUACCCGCCGGAACCGGCCCAGCUGCAGGAGGACAUUACGCGCUACCACCUCUGCCUGCAAGUGCGCAACGACAUCCUCGAGGGCCGGUUGCCGUGCUCGUUCGUGACACACGCCCUGCUCGGCUCGUACCUGGUACAGUCCGAGCUGGGCGAUUACGAUCCGGCAGAGAUGAAGGACCGAGCGUAUCUGAAGGACUUCAAGAUUGCCCCGAACCAGACGCCGGAACUGCUCGACAAGGUGAUCGAUCUGCACAAGACCCACAGGAGCCAAACACCGGCGGAAGCAGAGCUACACUAUCUGGAGAACGCCAAAAAGCUCGCCAUGUACGGUGUGGAUCUGCACCCGGCGAAAGACUCGGAAGGGGUCGACAUUAUGCUCGGCGUGUGUGCCUCAGGUUUACUCGUCUACCGAGACAAACUUCGCAUCAAUCGGUUCGCCUGGCCGAAGAUACUGAAAAUCUCCUACAAACGUAACAACUUCUAUAUCAAGAUACGCCCGGGCGAGUUCGAGCAGUACGAGUCGACGAUCGGGUUCAAGCUGGAAAACCACCGGGCGGCCAAGAAGCUGUGGAAGGCGUGCGUCGAGCAUCACACCUUCUUCCGGCUGAUGACACCGGAACCGCAGCAAAAGUCGGGCCUGUUCCCGCGCCUCGGCUCCAAGUACCGCUACUCGGGUCGCACGCACUACGAAACACGCAAAACACCCGUUGAACGGCCGGCUCCGGACUUUAAGCGCAGCCUCACCGGAAAGCGCCUGUCGAGCCGCAGUAUGGAUGCUCUCGGACAGCAGGAGAAGGAGCGUGCCGCGGCCAAGGAUCCCAACAAGGAUGGCGGCAACAAGCGUCACACCAUGUCCCAUCCGCCGGAACACAUUCCCGAUCUGGACUCACCGACGCGCGGUUCGCGCAGUCCAAUCAAGAAGGACAAAAAGGAACGCCUGAAGCGCGAAUCCAGCACGGGAACGGCGUCCGCCUCAUCGCAGAGUUCUCUCGAGGGAGAGUACGAAACGACGUCGCCUAACGUUGUCCCAGCACAGAAACCUGCCGGUGGAGUAGCCGUAUUGCCGGUGGCAGGCAAAAAGGAAAAGCAACAGCCUGACCAGCAGACACAUCAGAAAGAUGAAACCCUCAACGGCAACAACGGACAGGCCGACGCGCUAAACUCAUCGGCAGAAGACUCAACAUCACCAUCCGGCAAGCGCAGGGGAUUCCUGUUCUCAUCCGGUCGUAAGUCUCCGAAGGACAAAAAAUCACCCGGCUCGGAAUCGGCCACUAAAGUUCCGGCGACGGCCAACGGAGAUGGUGGUAAGAAAGACAAGCAGACGGCAAAGGAAGCGCAUCAACAGCAGCAACCACAAGCACCACCACCACCACCCCCAGUGUCCGCUGGCGAAAGCGGCAAGCAAAAGAAGCCGGAAAAGCCAGGUUUCACCAAACCGUACGAAUACUCGGAGAGCGAACAGGACCCGGCGGCGGCGGCACAUAAGAAGAACGUGAAGACCCGUGGCUUCCGUUACGACGAAGCCCCGGCUGGCGGUCGCCAACCGAGCGACGAUCACGAAGCGCAGCUCAGCCCGAACUCGCAGAUGCGCCGUGCGACCGGACUGGCGUUCAACUAUGCCCCCGGUGAGGACGAGAAGGUCCGUGAGUCGGUCGAGAAGCGCAAGGCUCCAGGCUCACCGUUGUCGCGCGUGAUGGAAGGCCAACAGCUCUCGCCAAAAUCGGCCGCCCGCGGUUUGCCGGGUGAGGGUGAUGCCGAGAAGGGCGUUCGCACCAGUGCCCGAUCGUACUCGCCCAACAAAGGCCGUUCGACGGUCGAUCCACUUGCCUCUGGGGCCGGCAAGUUCCGUCCAUUGGCGGACGACGCCAGUAGUGCAUUUAUUCAGGGAGAGCAGGGUGGAGCAGCAGCCGCUGGCGUUGCUGGAGCCACCGCAGAACCCGCGAAAAAGAAGGUUAAAAUUAUGGUCAUCAUUUCGAAGUUUGAUCCGAAGACGAAGCGCGUCGACACGGCCCAGGGCGUCGUGGAGCACUCUACCGGCGUGCUGGAUACCAAGACGGGCCAGAUCGAGAGCAAGUACGGGUUGAUCGAUCCGAAGGCUGGAACGGUGGUGAACUUUAAUUCCCGCACAGGCCAAAACGAAACGCUUCAGGGACAGGUCGAUCAGAAGACUGGCCAGCUGCACGUCGUAGGCGGCAAUGUGGUGGAUUCGGUCAGCGGUAAGGUAGACGAAAGCCUCGGCCAAGCCAUCAUCGUCGUACCGGAUGACGAUUCGGUCGUGGAGAUCACGACCAUCACAUCGAAGGUAGAUUCGGCCACGGGCAAGAUCGAUACCACCAACGGAGAGAUCGAGAAGACCCGGGGCAUUUUAAACCAUCGCACUGGCAUCCUGAGCACCAAGUAUGGCGACAUCAAUCCGCGCACUCGUGAACUGCGAGCGAUCGAUCCGAAAACGGGCAAACCUUCACCCGCGGCUUCCGCCGUCCGGUCCGUAACGGUCGACGCGGCUAACGGCCAGAUUACGAUCGUUGGCGUGACUGAUCCGAAGACGAACAAACUCGACAACAGCCAGGCGCACUUGCUGGCCAUCGGUGAGCAGGUGGACCCGGUCGUGGAGGUUACGUCCGUGCUGGGCAAGAUGGACAAGAAGGGUGUCAUCGAUCCGAAAACGAUCACGAUCGACCGCAGCACGGGCCAGCUGGACACGCGGGAGGGUAAGAUCAACACCAAGUACGGUCAGCUCGAUCUGGUGAAGCAAACGAUCGCGUUCGUCGACCCGCGGACGGGACGCACGGAAACGAAAGAGAUCAAGCUCGAUCCAGUGACCGGGCAGGUGGUGCUGAAGCAGCAAACCAAUCCAAAGACGGGCAAACCGGACAAGGACUACGGGCGCAUCGUUUCGAUCCGGAUCGUGCACAGCCGGAUCGAUCCAGUCACCGGUAAGCACGUACCGGCGGCUCCUGUCGAGGAUCGAGACGUUCGAGUGGAUGCCAAAACGAACCAAGUCUGGACACCAGACGGUGGCAAGGAUCCAAAGACGGGCGAAACAAUCUACACCUCGAGUCAGGUCGACCCUCGGACGGGCUUCGUCAUUACACUGUACGGUUACCUCAACCCGAAGACGAACGAAAUCGAACGCCAGACGAAAUUGGACACGAACACGACACGGAUUGACCCAGGCACGGGUCAGAUAUAUGCGGCCACUGGCCAGGUUGAUGAAGCGACUGGUGAACCACUGUUUGCCGCGACACAGAUCAACGAAGAGAACGGUGAAAUUUACACGAAGGUCGGCAAGGUAGAUCCCAAGUCCGGGCGGAUGGUCAUCAUCAAGAUCUUCAUCCUCACCAAGAAGGAUGAGCGGGGUCGCCCGGAAGAGGUAGACGUGGGCACGGUUGAUCUGGAGCCGGAAACGGGCCGCAUUCGUGACAUCGCGCCGAAGACACUCUAUCUGUACAAGAUGCGUGAUCCGAUCACGGGCGAAACGUACAACGUGGACCCGAACGAUCCGCGUAUUGCGGGCGCACGGACAACCGUCACGCAAACGAUGACUCUGAGCGGUGAGAUCGAUCCGGUAACCGGGCGCAUCAAGUCCGAGUGGGGUCACAUCGAUCCGAACACCGGCGAUAUCGAUCCGGCGACAGCGAUCCGUGAUCCGGUCACCGGCAAGAUGAUCUUAAACUAUGCCGACAUCGAACCGAGCCACUUUGGCAAGAACGUGACCGUGACGAAGGAAACGGUUCCGAUCACGCGCGAACAGUUCUACGAAGGUAUUAAACACAUGGGCAAGAAGGCAACGCGCCGCGAGUCGGAAAGUUCCGACGAUGACAUGACCGCCCAGUACGGUAGCGAAAGCAUCAAAGAGGUCCAGUCCGGUAGCUCAGCGGCUCCCGGAGCCAAAACCGGUGCCGGCGGCACACCGACCGUCGUGAAGACGACCACCAAGCAGGUGAUCACCAAGAACGAAGACGGCGUCACGCACAAUGUGGAAGAGGAGGUGCAGAACCUUGGCACCGGACAGAUCGUGUACUCCACGCAGGAGCACAAGGCGGAUGCACCGACGACCGGAGCCGAUGCAGGUAAAUUUGUGACGGCCACGGCCGUCACCACGCGUACCGCGACCACGCACGAGGAUCUCGGUACGAACGCCAAGACACAGCAGCUGGAAGAGAAAACGGUGGCCACCACCACCACGCAGCAUGGCGAGCGCCAGGAGCAGCGGGUCAUUACGCAGGAAGUAAAAACGACCGCCACCGUCACCAGCGGCGAUCAGUACGCGCGCCGCAGCAGUGUCUCAUCGACGAGCUCCGGUGACUCCGGAACGCCGAUCGAUGGCCCUUACGGUGACGACUCGCUGACGGAGGUGAUCCACAACAAGUCCUACACGGGAGCUAGUAACGUGGCCGGUGCCUCACAGAUCCCGGAAGGGCCGAACGUAGAGCACCGUAAAGUGGUGCUGGAUGAUCUGACCGAAGGCACCGAAACUCACGGUGAGAUCGUCUCCUCGCAGACGGUGUCCAGCAAAACGCGAACUGUUGAAACCAUCACAUACAAAACGGAGCGGGACGGCGUAGUGGAGACACGCGUAGAACAGAAGAUCACCAUCCAGUCGGACGGCGAUCCGAUCGACCACGAUAAGGCCCUUGCUGAGGCAAUUCAGGAAGCAACUGCCAUGAAUCCGGACAUGACCGUGGAGAAGAUCGAGAUUCAGCAGCAGUCGCAAUAGGCCAACAACAGUGUACACUCCCGGCACGGUCCAACAAGUCAAGUGCGCCGAUGGCACUCUAGCUGCACUCCUAAACGGAUAGAAGACCGAAAAUGGGCGGAAUGUAGUUGCUGCUGGAGUGCUGCGGUGCCAUGAGGUGCACAUGAACCGAAGAUAACGGAAGGACAGUUUGUUGUUGCUUGCUGUUGAACUAUUUCUCUCUCCCUUUUUUAAAUGACAUGUUUGCUUCAUGUGGUUUGUGGUUCACGCUAGCUUAGCAAAUCAAACUCGAUCGAUCGUAGAAACACCGCAACGGCGACCGGGAUGAAAGAGAAACUAUAAGUGCAAAUCCUACAACUUGACCUCCAACGUGGCGCGAGACGGGUCAAAACAUACGCGUGGCGAGUGGAAAGAUGAAACAAAAGAAAAGAAUAUUCAUAUAUUUAUUUAUUGCUUAAAGCGCGUGUGGCAUGCAAUGUGGGGCGAAGAUCAAGUGGGGAACGAUCUGCUUGCUGCUGCUGCAGUGAAGGAGCAGCAGUGCAGUGGAACGCAGGCAAACAAUCAAAUUCGCUUAAAGAAAUCGCCAAUGCUUAAAGAGAGAACAAAAUGCUGAAAAAUGAUUCAAAAAAAGUGGAAGCGAAAUAUAUACUAGAUAUACAAGCGCGUAUAAUGAUGUUUAAUUCGAGAAUCUUUCAUGUUAAGUCAUAUAAUAAUUGUCAGAACACAAACGAAGAAUAAUUGUGCAUUUGCAGAAAACAGAAGAGAACAAUCUGAAAACACUAUUUACAGUUGUUAUGGUACAGUAUGUGUCUUUUGGUAAACUCAUUACGCGACAGCAGAGAAAAAACGAUGAAAAAGAAACACAUGUCGAAAUAUGAGUAACAUGCUUAUCAUUUAUCAUAGCUUCGAACUAAGCAAAGAGAUGUUUAUCCCCGACAAUGAAAGUGAAUGUGGACGGCGCGCUGCGCUGCAAAAAAUGUGUUUGAGUAUUUGUUUUUUUGUUGUUAUAAUUUUCUUACUUUCCUACUUUGCGAAUAAAUUCAACUAUAUUUUGUUCAAAUUUGAUAAGAAACGAAUUAGUCAUCAAUUUCUAAUCGGCUUCGUGUUAGCUCUAUGAAACAAUGGACCUGCAACACAGUACACAGGCUAGUAUUUUGCGCUUAAAACUUCGAAGAUCAAACACCAUCAGUGUUCAACACACCAAUAGCAUGAUCAAAAGGAAUCGAUAAGAACGUAUCACCAUUCACCAUUCAGCGAGCACCAACAAUCGUUGUUACCAAGAACGACCGAACGACGAAACCUCUAAAAUUGAAACGCUUUGAGACAGAACAGUAUCAGGAUUAUUAAAAAUGAUCCCCCAAAAUUAGCGGAUUAAAAAGUAGAUGCAGCUUUACAAGAGAAGAAUACACGAUGAUCAGUGGUUGCCUUAUUUGUAUUCCUGUUUUUCCCACGAACGUGACGAAAGUUAGCUAAUCAUGACCGAACCGAACGAGAACAGAUCACAAACAGCCACUCUACCACGACAUCAUCUCAGCUACAUCCAGAAUUCAUCCAUCAGCCUGACCAUUCACUUAUUGUUUCGUAUUUAAGGCUUCGUUUCGAAUUUAACAUUCCACAUAGUUCUUUUCCGCGAGAGUGUGUUUCGUUUGAGGAACUAUAGUUUUUUUCCCCAUAUCUAUUUUCGUACUAAAAACCGUCGACCGAUCUUCUGUCCGGGCUCUAAAUUAUAAUUUGCGUUUAAUUUAUUUGCAUCUCUCGUGCAAAAGCUUCUUGCUUUCUGAUCUACUUUGCUCCUACUUUGCUUUAUCGUAGUUUAUUGACAUUUGUCGUUUUUGCUGCUCUUUGCACUGCGCUAGGGCUUCGUUGAGAAUUUUCGGGAUAGUCCCUUUUAAACGAAGCAUACCACGAAGCUACUCGGCCGGGAGCAGGUCGAAUGACGCAAUCAUACAAACACAAGAGGUUUCAACGAUUAGUAGUGGAGUUGAGGAACAGCGCAACGCUAAGUAGAAUCGUUGUAGAAAAGUGCAGAAGAGAUCGCGCGUAAGGUAAUAUAUAAUAUAUUUUUUGUUAAUUUUAGUUUUAGUUAAAUUACACAAUUGUGAAAUUCCUUCAGUUCUUUCUUUUUUAAUCUAAAUCUGAAUACAUUAAAACGAUUGUUAAGCAUCACC